AUGGAAGAAUCUCCUCAAUCAGAUCAUGAAAUACAUCCACCUCAGGCACAUACUGGAAAUGAAGGAUACCAAAAUGAUGUCUUCCUGCAGUUACAAGAGGUCAUUUCUUCUCUGGAGACAUGUGUAUUGUCCUGGAGGAAUCCAUCAAGAGAAAAGUCAAUGGAUGAAAGAGAAACAACUCCCCUGAAUGUACCUUUUAGUACUGGUGACUCUUCCUCUGCAGUCAUAGAGGAAUUAAAUGAGAUAACCUCUGGUACAUUUCUGAAUGAGGACACCAGCAUGCUGAAGUCAGAAAUCCAACGUUAUAAGGAGGAUAAUGCUGUCCUAAGAGGCAAACUUGGGCUCACAGACAGGGAACUGGAUAGGUCAAGAGCCACACUCACAUUGUUCAAGGAAGAAAAGGAGAUGCUGCAUAUAAAGUUAAAGAGGUUAGAAGACAUUCUUCAGGAUGAUGAGCUGACCCCUCCGAUCUCACCAUCUACCAGUCCCUGCUCUGAAGAAGGGUAUAAUGUGACUUCUGGAUCUGAGUCACACAUUCAGUUAAAGCCUUGUCAGGGCCCUGUGACAGUCCUGCACGGUGUCAUACAGUAUGUUCAGAGCCUCCCUGGAUCCCAGUCUUCACUGACUAGUAAUUCUGAUAUCCAUCCAAGUAGCCUGGAAACUGAAAUGAGACGUUUAAAAGGGUACCUUGACAAUGUAAAAGAACUGAAUGACCAGCUCAGUGUGACCCUAGAAGAGUGUAAGACUGAUUCAGAAAAACUCAGUAUGCAUCUUGGAAAACUGGAAUCCACAUGCACAGCUUUGAGACUUGCCCUGCAAGCCAGUGAGAGAUGCCUAAAGACAUACAGUUUAUUAUUGGCUCUUGCUGAAGCAAAGGGGGAAAUUCUACUGAGCCAAGUGACUUCAGGAGAUCUCCUAAAUUCAGGUUGGAACCUGCUACCAAAAGAUUUGGAAAUAAAAACUAAACUGUUCAUGAUGGAGGUAAGGAAGAGUUUCCGGAGAGAAGGUCUUAAUGUAGAAUUGGAAAAAACAAGCACAGAGGACAAAGCAAUAUACAGACCUUAUGCUCCUUGGCUUAGUGAAGAUGAUGAACAUUUGCUAAAAGACUAUAUCCAGUCUCUUAAGUGGGAUCUGUCAUCCGUUACUGUGUUGGAACAUCUGGCCAUUGACACUGCACAUAGAAGGGAGGUUGAUCACUGUGCAGACAUUAUCAAGGCUAAGGUUGAUGAUGCCAUCAAGGUCUCAGUGGAAGAUUCACCACACUUACCAGAAAAACCUGCCAGAGCACAGAUAUUGCAGGAACUGAUGGAUACUAAGAAGGGGCUAUCUGAGCUGAAGGCCUGCCUUCAGUUACUACAGACAGAGAAGCGAGCCUUGGAACUGCAGUGUUUAACCCAGCAAGAACAGGAGAAAGCCUAUAUGCUCAUUAGAGACCAUCUGCAGGCGGAGCAGAGUGAAUGGAUAAACAGAAAAAAGGAUUCUGCUCAUAACAGGAAGGAAGAACAGAAGAAGCACACAGGUCGUGGAAGAAUUUUGCAAUAUCAAAGCAAGAAAUUGCCAUCUUCACCUGUUAUACAACAGCUACUAGAGUCAUUAAAACAAAACAGUGGAAUAAAAGAACGAGUUGAAAAUCUGAUGUCAGAACUGGACAAUUUAGCCGGUAAAGUCCAUGGUCAGAAUAUGCAGUCUGCACAGACAAUCAAAGACUUCUUUAACGCUCACAGAAAUCUUUUCCUCACAUACAAGAAUGCAUGCAGGAAAUACCAGGAGCAGCAGCACAGGCUGGAAUCUCAGGUUGCACUGAUAUCACAGCAUCAAUGUCAACAGAUACAGAAUAUGAUGGAAAACAUCCAGAGUCUACAGAAAGAAGAAAGCAGAGAGGGAUACAGGAGAAACAUCAUUAUA